GGAAAGGAAAAUGUAAGAAACCAGUGGCAUGUAUUACCCCAAAACUUUCUUGUGGAUCAGAAGUGUCUUGUCCUCUCUUCUUCAGGUUCCUCUCUUCUUCUGCUGUACGUCCAUCAAUCCUCUGUUAUUUCCUCGAACUAAAACAACCCAGAAAACUAAACUAAAAGAAAAGACAAAGCAAAGAAGAAGAGAAAUGUUGCACCAUUGAACAGGAAGAAAAAAAUAGGACGUUGAAAUUAGCAAAAGGCUAUCUUUACUGAUACAUAACCUAAAAAAUGGCAAUCUUGGGUGGAGGAGGAAUAGGAGUUUCAAGCUUCUCAUACCCAUCUUCACAAUUCAGUAGGAAAGCCAGGGUUGCAUCCUCUUCCUGCUUCCUCACACUAUCACUGCUGAUGGUUGGUAAAUCUGCCAAUAAACAUGGAUGUAAUGUUUGUUCUGCUGUGCAAGAAUCCUCCUCUUCUGCAGCUGUAGCCACUGAGAAGAAGGAAGUGAAGAAAGAGGAAAAGGCAGCACCGGCUAAGCCUAAACCUCCAGCAAAAGCACCUGUAAAGACACUACCUAAGAUGAUGGAGGAAGAUAUCAUCCCUUCUCUCAAAACUAUUCUUGAAGCUCAAGAAGAUAUAUCUCAACUUGAAUUAUCUUUCCAAGAAAAUAAGUUGGAAGGCUCCUUUCUAAAGAAGAGAAAUCCCUAUUCAUUUUGGGCAUUCUUCCCAACCGGAACCCUUACAGGUCCGAAAGGUUUUUCACUCUCUUCCUAUGGCUCUGAAGCAAGCACUGUUGAACCCUUUCUUGUUGAUGAGAAGAAAAUUACAGCCAAACAUGUUGUCUUUUGGGUUGAAAAGCGGUUGGCUGCACAAGGGAUUAUUCCUGUUUGGAAAGACUGAUUACCUGUAAAUUUUCCAAUUCAUUCAGGUGUACUAUAAUCCCUUAUUGCAUUUUUUUUUUUGGGUUCUGCCUAGAAUACAUCAUAAUAAAAUUAACACAUCAACAAGAUCUACUUCCA